AAUUAUGUUUAUAUGGCCGGAGAGACGUCGGGGGUCGGUCGCGCUUAGAAUUAAUAUUUCCAUUUAGUCUAGUUUAAGUCACUGAAGCGGGUGGGCGGCGCUAUUCAAUCAGCGCUGGUGCCAGAAACGAGUAAAAACUGGAAUUCAUAUUCGCAUUCGCGCAUAGCCAUUCAGAGCUAGUGAAAAAAAAAGAAAAAACAUAUGCAUACCCAAUGCCUGUGUGCCGUGUGUACGACUCGACUCCGUGACAAAUGAAGCUACUAGUGUAGGAGAGAAAAAUUAGCCAGAGACGAGGAAGACGUAAUCCACAGCCACGUCUGCGUCUGUGGCGUUGCAAUUGAAAGUGACCAGACCAGUGCUACCUCAACCAGAAAGCAACACCCGCCAACCACCACAAAAGCAACCAGAAUGCUGCCUCGGUUUCGUUCCUUCUAUGGCAAACUAAUCAUAUUCAUAUUGGUUGCCCUGUGCUUCAUCCUGUACAGCAAGGUGCAGCAGCCAAGCGGCGAUGAAGGGCCUCCUGCUCGAGCAGCCGCCCUCAGGGGCCACGCUCGAGACAGAUACAGUGCGUACGGCGAGAGCGAAAACGAAAUCGCCCGACCCGCUACAGUGUCCCCCUAUGAGCAAAGCAUCCAGCUGGACCUAGAAAAACAGAAGGUGGGCCUUGGCGACCAGGGCGCGUCAGUGCACCUGUCUGGCAAGGCCAAGGAGCGCGGGGACGCCAUCUACAAGAAGAUCGCUCUAAACGAGGAACUGAGUGAGCAGUUAUCCUACAACCGCAGCGUGGGCGACCACCGCAAUCCCUUGUGUCUGGCUCAACACUUCGAUGCCAGUACUCUGCCCAGUGCCAGCGUGAUCGUAAUUUUCUACAACGAACCUUACUCCGUACUGCUGCGGACCGUGCACAGCACUCUAAUAACGUGCACUGAGCAGGCCUUGAAGGAAAUCAUCCUUGUGGACGAUGGCAGUGACAAUCCCGAACUGGGGGGAAAGCUGGACUACUACAUUCGCACGCGCACUCCCCCCGGCAAGGUGACGGUGCUGCGCCUAAAGAAUCGAUUGGGACUGAUACGCGCCCGUUUGGCCGGAGCCAGAAUUGCCACAGGAGAUGUGCUCAUCUUUCUCGAUGCACACUGCGAGGGCAACGUGGGCUGGUGUGAGCCGCUGCUGCACCGGAUCAAGGAGUCGCGCACGAGCGUCUUGGUACCCAUCAUCGAUGUGAUCGAUGCCAAUGACUUUCAGUACAGCACCAACGGCUACAAGUCCUUCCAAGUGGGCGGAUUCCAGUGGAACGGUCACUUCGAUUGGAUUAAUCUGCCAGAGCGGGAGAAGCAGCGACAACGACGGGAAUGUAAACAGGAGCGGGAAAUCUGCCCAGCCUACAGUCCGACCAUGGCCGGCGGUCUGUUUGCCAUGGAUCGGCGUUACUUCUGGGAGGUGGGCAGCUAUGACGAGCAAAUGGACGGCUGGGGAGGUGAGAACCUGGAAAUGUCGUUCAGGAUCUGGCAGUGCGGCGGCACCAUUGAGACGAUUCCCUGCUCCCGAGUGGGACACAUCUUCCGCGACUUCCAUCCUUACAAAUUCCCUAAUGAUCGUGACACGCACGGCAUUAAUACGGCCCGCAUGGCCUUGGUGUGGAUGGAUGAGUUCAUCAAUAUAUUCUUUCUCAACCGGCCCGAUCUCAAGUUCCAUGCGGACAUCGGGGAUGUCACCCACCGAGUGAUGCUUCGGAAGAAGCUGCGCUGCAAAAGCUUCGAGUGGUACCUGAAGAACAUCUACCCGGAGAAGUUUGUGCCCAACGCAAAAGUUGUGGGUUGGGGCAAGGUAAAAGCUGUCAGUACCAACUUGUGCCUUGAUGACUUGCUACAGAACAACGAGAAGCCCUACAACGUAGGCCUCUAUCCAUGCGGAAAGGUCCUGCAGAAGUCGCAGCUCUUCUCGUUGACCAACUCACAGGUGCUGCGAAACGAGCUCAGCUGCGCAACCGUCCAGCAUAGCGACUCACCACCAUACCGGGUGGUGAUGGUGCCCUGCAUGGAGAACGACGAAUAUAACGAGCAGUGGAAAUUGGAGAACCAGCAUCUGAUACACAGCAACACGGCCAUGUGCCUUGACCACAAGGGCCUCAAGACCGUGGACGAUGCCCAAAUGGCGCCAUGCGACUCCAACAGCGAAACGCAACGUUGGACCAUCGAACACUGAAGCGACACUGAGAAGACAGGGAUUGCGAUGGGGACGGGAUGGAAGGGACCAAACCAACUGAGAGAAACUGACUAACGCUGACUGCGCAGCAUAUUAGUGCAACAUCUUGUAAAUACAUAACCGAAUUCUAGAAUUACAUAUAUAUUUUCUAUACGCUGUAUACUCUGAACGUGUAUACCAGCAUUGACCAUUGGGAUCGGUAGCUAAAGCAAAUCGAAACAUCUUUAAACAAAUCAAAACCAGCGGCGAAUCAAACACAAACAAGUCAACUUAGAAAGCUAAUAAGAUGAAUAACAAUUACCUGUGUGUUGUGUAUUUUGUGUGUAUAAAUAUAAUUAGAGCAAGUUGUAAAAUAUAACGUCGGUACAUCCUACGAGUAUGUACAUAAAUGCUUCACCGAUAAUUAUAAUCGCAAUGUGAUCACGUAACCAUGAAAGCGAUGCGAUGCGAUGCGAUACAUGAGCAAAGUGUGUAACAAAUGCAUUCCACGGAUUUAAAGGGAACGGAACGGAAGGAAGAAGGGGAAUCAACCGCUUUCAUCGAAAGUCUACUCGAAUAACCAACUAUGUAAACUGUAAACUAAAAGUGUUAUAAGCAUUUAUCUACUAAUAUACCUUUUUUGCCAUUUGUUUUCAUAAAUAAAAAACUUCCAAGUGGAAGACACACAUCUUUAA